AUGUCAUUACAACAUUCAAUUGUUAUUCCACCGUUUCAUGAAAAAUUUAUUUCAGGCUACGUUCCUAUUCAAUCAUUAUUAAAUGUAGUUUUCACACCGAAUUUAGCUCUACAACGUUCCAAACUCAUCCUGAUUCCACAUUCGGUUCUUCAUAUUCGUGAUUAUCAUGGUAUUAUUUCAAUCAAGAAUAAUACUCACCGUCCAAAAACUAUACCACAUCAUACUCCAUUAGGAUCUAUUUUUCCAUCAUCUGAAGAUCUUGAUAUUAAUAUUAUUCCUGAAGUAUGUAAUACUGUUUGUUAUUUUUCUUCUCAUCCCUUAAAAUCAUUUUCAUGUAUUCAUUGUGCUGUUGCAUGUGUUACUGAAACAGAUCUCUAUGAACAUCUACUUGUUUGUUGUAAUAAAAAUUCAGUAUGUACAACAAAAACAAUAAAUAAAUUCGUUGAACAUAUUGAUGAUUCAGUUCAACGUAUGAAAGCCUAUUUAAUGCUUCAUCAAUAUCAACAACUUUUUGAUGAUUCAUCUGCAACAGGAAUCACUUGUACACUUCAGCGCGCUAUUAACACGGGUUCUCAUGCUCCUCUGGCUGUACAUCCACGUCGAGUCUCCCAUAUUAAUCGACAAAUCAUUAAUGAUGAAGUUAAAAAAAUGUUACAUAAUGAAAUCAUAAGUCCUUCUGCUUCACCAUGGGCAUCUUCGGUCGUUAUUGUGAAGAAACACGAUGGAUCACCAAGAUUUUAUAUCGAUUAUCGACAACUGAACUCCAUUACUCAAAAAGAUGUCUAUCCAUUACCACGAAUAGAUGAUGUUAUAGAACGUCUAAAUGAUUCACAUAUUUUUUCGAAACUUGAUUUACAUAGUGGUUAUUUUCAAGUACCUUUAGCACCUGAUGAACGUAAAAAACUGCAUUUAUCACCCAUGACGAGAUUGAUGAAUCAAACACUUGGCUCAUUACGGUGGGAUGCAUGUCUUGCUUAUUUAGAUGAUAUUGUCGUAUAUUCCUCUUCUUUUGCCCAACAUCUUAUUGAUCUCAAUAAAGUGUGUGAUGCACUCAAUAACUCAAAUUUUAAAUUAAAUCAUACUAAAUGUUCAUUUUUUCAAAAUAAUAUUUCAUUUCUGGGACAUCAUAUUAGUACAGCCGGUUGUCUACCAAAUGACGAUAAUAUUCGUGCUAUUGUGAAAUUUCCAAUACCUACAUCAGGUAAAGCUGCUUAUUCAUUUUUACAAAUACAGUAA